CUUAGGAUUCAUGUGGGUAUAGUAGGCAAAUAUUGUCUGGCAUCGGCAUAGAACCUUCGGGCUUACUAGGCAGAUUUUUGCUCCUCUCAACAUGAUGAAGAUACUGGUCAUUAUGUAUUUCGGAUUAUAUGUUGUUGCCGCAAGGAGGGAUGGUAAACAAAAAUCAUCACUGAGUAUGAGGAUCCUCAACGGCGAGGCAGCAGACAAAAGUUCCCACUCAUGGGUAGCAGCUCUCCUAGAGCCUACUAUAUAUGACCCGAGACUGAUCUGCGGUGGCAGCAUCAUUACACCACGGCAUGUCUUGACCGCCGCUCGCUGCCUCGUGGGGAGGAAUGCUAGCCAAGUUUUGAUCGCUGUUGGUGAACACAAGUUAAGUAAAAUUGAUAUAACAAAAUUGAUCCAAUCAAUAUUAUUAAGCGUCCAUCAAUUAUAUGAUAAUGCAAAUGGAGUUACUGUCAACGAUAUCGGUUUGGUGACUACAAAUAAAGAAAUACAAUAUACUUCAAGCGUUAGCCCUAUCUGCUUUCCAACAAGGAGAUUGUAUCUAGAUAAUCAUAAUGCAAUGAUAACUGUGGUCGGUUGGGGGAAGACGUCACCUACCAGUAUCACCAAUUCGGACGACCUUCUUGAAGUGGAUCUCACAGUUUAUCCUUUUGUGUCUUGCUAUGAUUGGUUUCAUUUGAGUGCAUAUAAUCUGAGGUUUCUCAACAACUUGUGCACGUACGCAGAAGGGAAGAAUGUCCUUUCGGGAGACUUUGGAAGUCCAUCAAUCUUGAAGUACACGAUAAAUGGUAAGCACGUACAGGUCGGCAUUGUGUCAUUUGCUUCUAAUCCUGGACUGUCUGUGCAAACUGAUGUCACCUCUUUCGUAGACUGGAUACAAGUAAACGUCAAUGGAAACAUGCCAGAACAAAGAAUUUGCACUGUAGAGAUGUAAUAAAUAAAAACUAAAAAUGAUGCAUGGAAAAAUUAUAAUUUGUUUAAUCUUUUAAUUUUAAAUGUGAUAACCACUAAUUGUCUUUACUUUGUUUUUAGAAUAAAACUUAUUAUUACUAUUAUUAGAUCUGUUUACCAUUGUAAUUAAAAGAUUUGUUUACUCUUUCGUCAUAAAGAAAAAUGAUGAGGUCCAAAAUAGAAUAACAUAGUAUUGAAAAUAAACAAUAUUGAAUAUAGAAUGUACAUAUAUUAGCCAACUACCACAGAGUUUAAAUUGAAUAUUUAUAAACUAUAAUGUGCCAGAAUAUAAAUUUGGAUGUAAACCUACAAAUACAAUAACAUUUUGUUACAGUAAUAUUAAAGAUAAAAUAGAAAAAAUAAAACAACACACAUGGUGUUCCAAAUAAUAAUAAUACUUUAUUUAUUCUGGUACGAGUCCCUUUAGAAUAAUACAGGAAGACAAAAAUGUGGGCUAAGGAGCCUCAGAGAUACACAAAUAAAAAUACAGAGU